ACACAUGGAUGUUUUUUUCUCCUCUAGUAAGCCCCCUGGUGGAUAUAAUGAACUCUAUGUCUUAGUGCUCCUCAGGAGGUGGCUCUGAACUUCAAAUCUUUCUGUAUCAGACACUCCAUCUGUCUUCUCUUCAGCCCUUCUCACCAGCGUACGUGUGGGAGAAGACACCUCCUACUUCCACCUUUGCUCUGACCGUGUCACUUCCUCCGCCUCGGUUUAUGAUCUUCCAACGACGUGCUUCUAUUGUGACUUCUGGCUCAAGUUCGUCGUCGCUGCAACACCCCGCUCGCCGCCAUGCCCCUGAAGGUCGUGAGGACCAGCAAGUUCCGGCAUGUCUACGGACAAGCCGCCAAGGCCGACCAAUGCUAUGACGACAUCCGCAUCUCCCAGAUGACCUGGGACAGCAACUUCUGCUCUGUCAACCCCAAAUUCGUGGCUAUGAUCGUGGACGCCAGCGGCGGAGGGGCCUUCAUGGUGCUGCCGUUGAGCAAGACCGGGCGCAUCGACAUGUCCUACCCGACUGUCUGUGGACACACCGGCCCCGUCCUGGAGAUCGAGUUCUGCCCUCACAACGAUAACAUCAUUGCCAGCGGUUCGGAGGACUGCAGCGUCAUGGUCUGGGAGAUUCCGGACGGCGGCCUGCUCACGCCGCUGACAGAGCCGGUGGUGAAGCUGGACGGUCACACCAAGCGAGUGGGCAUCCUGAGCUGGCAUCCCACCGCCCACAACGUGCUGAUGAGCGCAGGUUGUGAUAACGUGCUGAUCCUGUGGAACGUGGCGCGGGGCGAGGCGGUGGUGAGGAUGGACAGCUUGCACACAGACCUCAUCUACAGUGCCUGCUGGAACAGAGAUGGCUCUCAGAUCCUCACCUCCUGCAAGGACAAGUUCCUGCGAGUGCUGGACCCCCGCAAGGGCACCGUUCUCCACGAGAAGGAAAAACCUCAUGAAGGCUUCCGGCCAGUGCGAGCCGUGUUCGUGUCUAAUGGAAACAUCCUCAGCACCGGCUUCAGUCGCAUGAGCGAGAGGCAGGUGGCGCUGUGGGACCCGAAGAACUUCUCAGAACCACUGAACCUGCAGGAGCUGGACACCAGCAGCGGGGUCCUGCUGCCCUUCUAUGACCCCGACACUGCAGUGGUCUACCUCUGUGGAAAGGGCGACAGCAGCAUCCGUUACUUCGAGGUGACGGAUGAAGCUCCAUACGUCCACUACCUCAACGUCUACACCAGCAAGGAGAGCCAGAAGGGGAUGGGCUACAUGCCCAAGAGGGGACUGGAGGUCAACAAGUGUGAAAUCGCCAGGUUCUACAAACUCCACGAGAGGAAGUGUGAGCCUAUUGUCAUGACAGUGCCUCGAAAGUCAGACCUGUUCCAGGAGGACCUCUACCCCGAUACAAUCGGACCAGAACCGUCCGUGGAAGCCGACGAGUGGUUCCAGGGCAAAGACGGACAACCCAAGCUGAUCUCUCUGAAGGACGGCUUCACCACCACCACCAAAGCAAAGGAGUUCAAAGUACACAAGAGUCUGCUGAAGACCACGUCCUCAAGCACAAGUCAAGCGGACGGCAGCGGGGAGGUCCACUCCCUCAGGAAGGAGGUGAAGGACCUCAAGGCAGCACUGGAGGAGCUGACCAAGCGUGUGAGCGAGCUGGAGACCAAACAUUAAAACAUCUGAAGGGCGAGUCUCGAAUUGACGUUGCUCCCUCCUUCCAGUGUUGUGACUGAGGCGGACGACAGAAGAACUGAUGCGACAUGAUCGUCUUCGUUACAGUUGUUUUUAAUGAAAGUUCUUGUUUUUUUUCAGGUUAAUUUGCAACAAAAAGAAAAGUGUUUUAUUUAUAAGUUUGUUCCCGGUGUGGCAACGUGGCAAGUCAAUGAAUAAAAGAGAUACACAACAAUA